UAUCUGCCAACCGCCAAUAAAUCCCCGAAGAAGAAUACGACUCCGACGGACGUGCUAACGGUCUUAGCUUGUCUCCUAAAUGUUAUUUCGGAUGCCAUUGUGUCUUUAAGCUGAAUUAAUGGCUAUCUGUAGUCAGAAUGUCUUCACUCCGGUGUAAGAAAGAACUUAGUGACGAGCAGUUAACUCCUGCUGAAGAAACAUUCACAGAGCUAAAGGAAAUCAUCGUCAAGUCCGAGGAAGAGAUCGAUGGUGAGAGCAGACUGCUGGAUUUCAGCCGGAUACCUCAGAUAAUCGUGCACCAAAUAGAGCCACAGCAUGAUGUUGAGAAGGAGGAGGCUCUUGAUGACGAGCAGUUCUGGCACCAGGAGAGGAACUUCAUACUGGACCAGGAGGACCCAGAUCGCUUACAGAUCAAAGAGGAGCAGGGUGAGCUAGAACAUCAGCAGAUAAAAGAGGAAGAGGAUGAACUCUUAAUCAGUCACAAUGGAGCACAGCUUGUGUUGAAGCAGGAGACAAAGACCUUUAUGGUGACUCCUAGUUAUGAGGAAAAAUACUACAUUGAACCAGAAUCAAAUUGGAACCAAGUCAUCUCUCAGGACACUCCUGAAGUUGAGAUCCAGGAUCAGGAAGGAAGCAGUGAUGAAGACUCUGGAUCAGAGACGGAUGAAGAGCAAAUAAAAAAUAAGAGGUGUCAGCAUAAUGACAGUGUUGACAAUUCAGAACAAAAAAGUAUUUGUUUUUGUGAUAUUUGUGCUGAAUUUAUUCCUCGAAAUAGUCUCUUGCCUCAACGAUUGGAAAAUCACACACGGAAAAAGCCUUUCUCAUGUCUGACCUGUGGAAAACGUUUUUCUCAAAAAAGUUUCUUGAAUAAUCAUGUGAGAGUUCACACAGGGGAAAGGCCUUUCUCAUGUUCAAUUUGUGAAAAACGUUUCACUCAAAAAAUUCAUUUAACUCAUCACUCCACAACUCACACGGAUGAGAAGCCUUUCUCAUGCGGGACCUGUGGGAAAACAUUUAGAUACAAAAGUAGUUUGAAAAUACAUGUGAGAAUCCACACAGGUGAGAAGCCUUUUCCAUGUAUGACCUGUGGAAAAAGUUUUAAUCAAAAAGGUAAUUUGAUUUAUCACAUGAGAAUUCACACAGGUGAGAUGCCUUUCUCAUGUAGCAUUUGUGGAAAAGGUUUCACUCAACGAAGUCAGUUACAACUACACAUGAGAAGUCACACAGGUGAAAAACCUUUUUUAUGUGUAACCUGUGGAAAAAGUUACAGUCAAAAGGGCAAUUUAACUUGUCACAUGAGAACUCACACAGGAGAGAAGCCUUUUCCAUGUUUAACCUGUGGAAAAAGUUUUACUAUAAAAAGUCUUUUAAACAAACACCUCAGAACUCACACAGGCGAGAGGCCUUUCUCCUGUUUGACCUGUGGCAAAGGUUUUCUUCAAAAGACUCAUUUAACGGAUCACAUGAGAAUUCACACAGGUGAUAGGCCUUUUUUGUGUCGGACCUGUGGAAAAAGUUUUCUUCAAAAAACUCAUUUAACGGAUCACGUGAGAAUUCACACAGGUGAGAAGCCUUUCUCAUGUGACACUUGUAAUAAAACCUUUAGCCUAAAAAGUAAUUUGAAUCUACACCUGAAAACUCACUUAGGUUAGAAGCCUUUCUCAGGUAUCAACUGUAUAAAGGUUUCAGUCAAAAAUGUCAGGAAACGUUAAGAAACACAAAAUCUGACCUUGCACAUACAUAUAUUCACAUUUAUGUAAACACUUGGAAUCUUGGAAAAAGUCUUCAAAAAGUUUUUCCAACAUUAGAUUAAACUCAAUUUCCUUAAUGCAGUGUUUAUAAAUAUGAAGCUGUUACAAUAAAAUGUUUACAAUAUUUUGUAAAAUUGUAAUAGAUUUGAACAUGUCAAAUUAACUCUCUUUAAAGUGGAACUAAACCCCAAAUCCAAUUUUUUUACAGAUAAACUUUAUAAAUUCGCCCUUCAAGGUUGCUAUCUUUAUGUUUUUGUGUAAUUUUCUUUACAUUUUUUUUAUAAACUUGUUUAAUUCUGCAACAUUUGUCCUAAAAUUGUCUUAGUGCUGCCCUCUUUGGGUUGAACGGUGGCUACUGCAGUUAAAUUUUCCUAUUAGUUCAUACAGUACAGCUUUGUACAGGUUUACGUUUAAAUGUCUUAAACUGAUGAAAAGACAAAUUGUUCCCUCUCAAAGCGUAACGCAGGGGACCUUUUUAUUCAGAAAACAACUCUGAAUACAUCGUCAUCAAAAUCCAUAGAAUCCCUACAUUUGAUACAAAAAGGGCUUAUAUGUACAAAGUCAUAUCAUUAUCGUGUAUGUGAAAAUUCCAACAAAUUUUCUCUCAUCUCGUGAUUUGCGUAAAAGUUUCUGGCACGCUGGACUGUAUGUCAGGCUGACCUGGAGCGCUGCAGGGUGUAAUCAUUAUUCCCCUAGCUGGACUGUUUCUGAACAGGCCUACAUGCUUGUUUGAAAUAACAACUCCAUUAAUCUUUCCUGUUCCUUACACCAGGAACAUUUCCAUAUCUAAACUGUUCUUGAACUGGGCAUCUGUGCUAUUUGGGAAAUCUGAAGUUGGAAUUGUAAACAUUGAUCAUAGCAUUUUAUGCUUUAUCCCUUUGAUUAUAUGCUUUACUUGAGAUAAUAUAAACCUACAUGUAACCGUAAACUUUCUGAAAGUUUGUUACUAAUUUGAACGUUAGCCCAUGUUAGCAAUGUUGCUGCUAACAUUGCUUUUUCACUCAAACUGGACCCAUUCUGUCCUCCGCUGCCUCGGCACCACCAGCUUCGGCCAUCACUGAAUCAGCGCCUUAAGCCAGCGGAUCGAACUGAUAAGGCUCUAGUCCUCUGGACUCCAUGAAGCCUCUCUUAACCUUCGGUAACAAGGGGCCGAAACAUCCUCCAUCUCAUAAGAUCUAUUCGUGGCAAAACUACCAGGGUGGCUCUGCUCACUCUUCAUGUUUUAAUAUGUCAUAUUAAGCUAGGGUCCUCCUGACCAGACCCUCGCUUCCCCACACUUGGCCGUGCCCCUCAUUGUCUCUUGGCACUGCCAACUUUAGUAGCAUUUUCUAUUUUCUAAUUUAUCUGGGGGUUAUGCUUUUACAUCGGGUUUAGUUCCUCUUUAAACCUAAUGGUCCACCUUCUAAGCUAUGUCUCUUGUAGUGCAUGUCGUAGACGUUGAGUACACUGCUACCAGCUGAUGAUAUUUAGGCAUGUUUUGGAAAGCUCAAUUGUUUAAUGGCCUUGGUGUUAUAACACUUCCCAGACAAAUCAGUGGAAAAACCGUUAUUGAAUUUCUGCGCAGUCAGAGUGAAAAUGAAUGGAAAGAGAUCGAAACGGACCAACAAGCCGACAGACAGAACCAAGAUUCUGGUCCAAUCAAGUGUGCUAACCAGAUUAAGGCGCCGUUUUAAAAUUUGGUUGCAUUGGUUUUAUUAAUUGUAAUCUUUCCACAAGAUAGUUUCUCAAAUAACUUAAACAAAACAGACUUUUGCAGUGGCCUAGCCAAAGUCUGGACAUCAAUCCGGCUUAGAUACUGUAGUAUGACCUUAAAUACACUAUUCAUACUCGAAAAACCCUCUAAACUGGCCGAAUUAAAAUAUUUCUUCAAGGGAGAGUGGGCCAAAAUUCCUCAGUGGUGAUGUUAUUGCAAACAAGUAGUUCUUAGGUUUAUGGGGCAAUUACUUGUGUCCUACAGGGGCAGGUUGGCUUUGAUAGCUUUUUGUCUCUUAAUGAAUUAAAUCAUCAUUUGAAAACA